UGCUGCCCGCGGGUUGAAUGGUGGAGCCGAGACCCUUCGUACUGAACGAACAGUGACAGCUACCGGGCGGGCGGGCGCGUUUCGCUGGGCCCCGGCCCGGAUUCCUCCUUCCCUCCCUCCCUCCCCGGGUGUCCCUCGCCAUGUCCGGGCCCGGCGGCGGCAGCAGGCACACGGCGGAGCUGCGGGCGGAGCUCUACUUCCUCAUCGCCCGCUUCUUGGAGGACGGACCCUGCCAGCAAGCGGCUCAGGUCCUGAUCCGAGAAGUGGCCGAGAAGGAGCUGCUGCCCAAGCGCACGGACUGGACGGGCAAGGAGCAUCCCCGCAGCUACGAGAACCUGGUGAAAUAUUACAGACACUUGGCACCUGAUCACUUGCUUCAAAUAUGCCAUCGACUUGGACCACUUCUAGAGCAAGAAAUUCCCCAAAGUGUCCCUGGAGUGCAGACGUUAUUAGGAGCUGGCAGACAGUCUUUGCUCCGUACAAACAAAAGUUGCAAACAUGUUGUAUGGAAGGGAUCUGCUCUUGCUGCACUACAUUGUGGGAGGCCUCCAGAGUCCCCUGUAAAUUAUGGCAGUCCACCUAGUAUAGUGGAUACCCUGUUUUCAAGAAAACUAAAUGGAAAAUAUAGACUUGAACGCCUUGUUCCAACUGCAGUCUAUCAACACAUGAAAAUGCACAAACGAAUUUUAGGACAUUUAUCUUCUGUAUACUGUGUAACUUUUGAUCGGACUGGCAGACGAAUAUUUACUGGGUCAGAUGAUUGCCUUGUAAAAAUCUGGGCAACAGAUGAUGGAAGGUUGUUGGCGACCCUGAGAGGGCACGCAGCUGAAAUAUCUGAUAUGGCAGUGAACUAUGAAAACACCAUGAUAGCUGCUGGAAGCUGUGACAAAAUGAUCAGAGUCUGGUGCCUUCGAACUUGUGCACCCUUAGCAGUUCUGCAGGGCCACAGUGCAUCUAUAACAUCAUUGCAGUUCUCUCCACUGUGCAGUGGCUCAAAGAGAUACUUAUCUUCAACCGGGGCAGAUGGAACAAUAUGCUUUUGGCUGUGGGAUGCUGGAACCCUUAAAAUAAAUCCAAGGCCAACAAAGUUUACAGAACGCCCUCGACCUGGAGUCCAAAUGAUCUGUUCUUCUUUUAGUGCUGGUGGAAUGUUUUUGGCCACUGGGAGCACAGAUCACAUCAUUAGGGUUUAUUUCUUUGGAUCAGGUCAGCCAGAGAAGAUAUCAGAGUUGGAGUUUCAUACUGAUAAAGUUGACAGCAUUCAGUUUUCUAAUAGUAGUAGCAGAUUUGUGAGUGGAAGCCGUGAUGGAACAGCACGAAUCUGGCAAUUUAAGCGAAGGGAAUGGAAAAGCAUUUUGUUAGAUAUGGCUACUCGCCCAGCGGGACAAAGUUUACAAGGAGUUGAAGAUAAAAUUACAAAGCUGAAAGUAACCAUGGUGGCAUGGGACCGCCAUGACAACUCUGUUAUAACUGCAGUAAAUAACAUGACUCUGAAAGUCUGGAAUUCUUUCACUGGCCAACUCAUUCAUAUUCUCAUGGGACAUGAAGAUGAAGUGUUUGUACUCGAACCUCAUCCAUUUGAUCCAAGAGUUCUCUUCUCUGCUGGACAUGAUGGAAAUGUCAUAGUUUGGGAUUUGGCAAGAGGGGUCAAAAUCCGGUCUUACUUCAACAUGAUUGAAGGACAAGGACACGGUGCAGUUUUUGACUGCAAGUGCUCUCCUGAUGGACAGCAUUUUGCAUGUACUGAUUCUCACGGUCACCUUCUGAUUUUUGGCUUUGGUUCCAGUAGCAAAUAUGACAAGAUAGCAGAUCAGAUGUUCUUUCAUAGUGAUUAUCGGCCCCUUAUCCGUGAUGCCAACAACUUUGUCCUGGAUGAACAGACACAGCAGGCUCCACACCUUAUGCCUCCCCCAUUUUUGGUUGAUGUGGAUGGCAACCCUCAUCCUGCAAGGUAUCAAAGACUAGUUCCUGGUCGUGAGAACUGCAGGGAGGAACAGCUUAUUCCUCAGAUGGGAGUGACAUCUUCAGGAUUGAAUCAAGUUCUUAGUCAACAAGCAAAUCAAGAAGUUAGUCCUUUGGAUAGCAUGAUUCAAAGACUUCAGCAAGAGCAGGACCAGAGACGUUCUGGGGAGGCAGGAACCAGUAGUACCAGCCGGAUAAGCAGAGGAUCUGUAAGUUCUACCUCAGAAGUACAUUCACCACCAAAUAUAGGAUUAAGACGUAGUGGACAAAUUGAAGGUGUGCGUCAGAUGCAUAGCAAUGCACCAAGAAGUGAAAUAGCCACGGAGCGGGACCUUGUGGCUUGGAGUCGAAGGGUUGUAGUGCCUGAACUGUCUUCUGGUGUGGCCAGUAGGCAGGAGGAAUGGAGAACAGCAAAGGGAGAAGAAGAAAUAAAGGUGUAUCGAUCAGAAGAGAAAAGAAAACAUGUACCGAGUCACAUUCAGAGAGAAAACAAAAUACCCACUUUUUCUAAGAACCAUUCUCAUGAUCAUUUACUAGACACUAGUGACUCGAAAAAACAGCAGGCUAAUCAGCACAACUACCGUACAAGAUACGCAGUAGAAGAACCUGUUAGGCCUGCUGAAGAGUUAGAAAAUGGACACAGUUCCUCAGAUGAAGGGGAAGUUGUUGUUGCCAGUGGUGGAACAUCAGAAGAUGAUGAAAGGGCGUGGCACAGUGAUGGAAGUUCUAGUGACUACUCAAGUGAUUAUUCUGACUGGACGGCAGAUGCAGGAAUCAAUUUGCAACCACCAAAGAAAAUUCCUAAAAUUAAAACAAAGAAAGCAGAUAGUAGUUCAGAGGAUGAAGAAGGACCUGAAAAACAAAAGAAGCAAAUCAAAAAGGAAAGGAAAAAAGGGAUUGAGGAGAAAGAUGGGCCAUCAACCUCACCAAAGAAGAGGAAACCCAAAGAGAGAAAACAAAAGAGACUGGCUGUGGGAGUUCUGGCAGAAAAUGGUUUGACACUGGAAGAAUGGCUGCCUUCAGCAUGGAUUACAGACACUGUUCCUCGUCGGUGCCCAUUUGUGCCACAGAUGGGGGAUGAGGUCUACUAUUUCCGACAAGGUCAUGAAGCAUACGUUAUAAUGGCUAAGAAGAACAAAAUAUAUAGCAUUAAUCCCAAGAAACAACCAUGGCAUAAAAUGGAAUUACGGGAGCAAGAGCUGAUGAAAAUUGUUGGGAUUAAGUAUGAAGUGGGAUUGCCUACUCUCUGCUGUCUUAAACUAGCUUUUCUUGACCCUGAUACGGGUAAACUAACUGGAGGAUCAUUCACCAUGAAGUACCAUGAUAUGCCAGAUGUCAUAGAUUUCCUAGUUUUGAGGCAGCAGUUUGAUGAUGCAAAACACAGGCGAUGGAACAUAGGUGAUCGUUUCAGGUCUGUGAUAGAUGAUGCUUGGUGGUUUGGAACAAUUGAAAGCCAAGAACCUCUUCAGCCUGAUUAUCCUGAUAGCUUAUUUCAGUGCUACAAUGUCUGCUGGGACAAUGGUGAUACUGAGAAGAUGAGCCCUUGGGACAUGGAGCUGAUACCAAGUAAUGCUGUAUUUCCAGAAGAACUGGGAACUAGUGUUCCUUUAACAGAUGAUGAACGUAGAACGCUGCUCUACAAACCUCUGGAUGGAGAGUGGGGUUCCAGGACUCGAGAUGAGGAGUGUGACAGAAUUAUUGCUGGAAUAAACCAACUCAUGACUCUAGAUAUUGCUUCUGCAUUUGUGGCACCUGUGGAUCUUCAAGCUUACCCAAUGUAUUGCACUGUUGUGGCAUAUCCCACAGACCUCAGUACCAUUAAACAAAGACUGGAAAGCAGAUUUUACAGGCGCCUUUCUUCAUUAAUGUGGGAAGUCCGGUACAUAGAACAUAACACUCGCACAUUUAAUGAACCUGGAAGUCCUAUUGUCAAAUCUGCCAAAUUUGUCACAGAUCUUCUGCUGCACUUCAUAAAAGACCAGAGUUGCUAUGACAUUAUUCCAUUAUACAAUGCAAUGAAGAAGAAAGUGUUGUCUGACUCUGAUGAGGAAGAAGAGAAAGAUACAAAUGUGCCAGGAACUUCCACUAGAAAAAGAAAGGAUCAUCAGCCAAAGCGGAGGCUACGUAAUAGAGCUCAGUCGUAUGACAUUCAGUCAUGGAAGAAGCAAUGCCAGGAGUUGCUGAAUCUUAUUUUUCAGUGCGAAGAUUCUGAACCAUUUCGGCAACCAGUGGAUCUCCUUGAAUAUCCAGAUUAUCGGGAUAUUAUCGACACUCCUAUGGAUUUUGCUACUGUUAGAGAAACACUGGAAGCUGGAAACUAUGAGUCACCGAUGGAGUUAUGUAAAGAUGUGAGACUGAUUUUCAGCAAUUCCAAGGCCUAUACACCAAGUAAAAGAUCAAGGAUCUACAGCAUGAGUUUGCGACUUUCUGCUUUCUUUGAAGAACACAUAAGUUCUAUUUUAUCGGAUUAUAAAUCUGCCCUACGCUUCCAUAAACGAAAUACGAUAAAGAAACGAAGGAAAAAAAGAAGUAGAAGCAGCUCAGUUUCCAGUAGUGUUGCAUCCAGCCCUGAAAGGAAGAGGAGAUUAAUAAAACCUCAUCUGAAGGCAGAAACUUCUGCCACCUCUUCAUCUUCUGCACCUGCACGGUCAACAGCACUGAGACAUGCUCCACCUCAGAUGAAUGGAAAAGCAGCUGAAACCUCUUCCCUUGUGCGGACUCGAAGCAAUAGGGGGAUAACAGAUGUGGGUGUUACAGAGCAACCAUCUACUUCUUCAGGAGCAAAGCCUUUAACAAUAAAGCCUUUAAUUACAAAGCCUAGUACUACUGCAGGGUCAGGAAAGUCAGUACUGGAGAAUUCAACCAAACAUUCCAAGAACCAGAAUAUUGUAUUAAACCCUAGUCAAUCUGAUAACAGUCAUAGCACUAGGAAUAAUACCACAAAAGAAAAUCCUGACAAAGAGAAGCAAAUCAAGCGCAAAGUAAAAUCUUCUACUGUUAAUCAACAAGCAGAUUGCAAGAAUAACUCUUUGGCAUCAGGAAGCAUUCAGGUGAACGGACAUGGGGGACAGCCUUCAAAACCUCCAGUUAAAAGAGGUCCUGGACGGAAACCGAAGGUGGAGACUAAUAACACUGGCUGUGAAGUGGUGCACAAGAAAAGAGGCAGGAAACCAAAAAAGCUACAAAUGAUUGAACAGCAAAAGGCUGCAGAGCAGAAUGCAAUCCAGACCUCAAGGGAUACACCAGAAGAAGCCUCUGCUUCUACUGCAUGCAAUUCUCUUUCUGGAAAUAAUAUGAAGGAAGACUUGUUGCAAAAAAAAGGCCGUGGGGGUAGAAAGCCAAAAAGGAAGUUAAAGACCCAUCAGCCAGGCUCGAACCUCUUAGUUCCUGUGAAUGUUAAAAUGCAAACAAGAAGCAGGAGGAAAAAGAUAGCUAAGCCUAUGGAGGAGGGCUCUGAAGAGCUUAAAGAUUCUGAACCUCACAUGAGAACUAGAAACCAGGGUAGGAGGACAGCCUUUUACAAUGAAGAUGACUCUGAGGAAGAGCAAAGGCAGCUAUUGUUUGAAGACACCUCCUUAACUUUUGGAACAUCUAGUAGAGGCAGAGUCCGAAAGUUGACUGAAAAAGCAAAAGCUAAUUUAAUUGGUUGGUAAUUUUUGUCAAGGGUUUUACUUCAGAAUGCUAUGAAGCAGGUACAGUUGAGGAACAGCAGAACAGAAUUCUGCUUCCCUGCUGCUAUUAUGGGUUAGAAGAAUAUGUUCUGAUUUGAGGAGAAAAAUUUAGCAAAAAAUAAACUGAAAGAACAUUCUUUGAAAGAAAUAUAUAUUUUAAACUUUUGCUAUUUAUUGCCCUCCAAAUAGGUUAUGCAUUUCAAGUCAUUUUGUUCACAUUUGAGAAUAAUUGAAGCAAUCUCUCACAGACGUACAGAGUUGAGAACUACUCUGCUCGAGUAGUGCUUAGUUAUCUCUACACGAUUAAAUAAAGGUGAUAGAACUUUUUAUGCCACAAACUGAAAACAGGAGUCUAUUUUUGACCGAGCAAGGUACACUUUGAUUGUAAAGUCAAGUUGUUUAGGAAGGCAGAUUUUGUCGAAAAGUGGCAGUAAAUUCAUUUACAUGUCUGUUAACUACAAAAAUACCAAACUUUGCUAAUCUGAAAAUGUUUGAUUUCAGUUGUGAUGGAACGUUCAACUGCAAAAGAAGCCUAGCACAGGCUGUUGGUUUAUCCAAGUUCUGCCAAACAUAGCAAAAAUGUUGUCACAAAUAUAUAUAUAUAUCCACAUUGGAAAAAGUUUGACUAAUGUCUAAUUUUUCAGACCUUGAUUCUUGUAUCAAUCACUAAAUCUCUGUUUAUUGUGCCAAAGACUGAGAAUCAGUGCAGUGGAAAGCCUUUUUUCUUUCUUUUUGAGUGUCAGUACAGCAUACCAUUUGCAGUGAUAAAAGCUGUGUAUUGUUUUCAAUAGUAAGUUCUUAACGUUCUGAAAUGUAUCCUUUUUGGUACUUUUGGUAGAAAAUAAUGCACUGGUGGGGUCCUUUGACAGAGAUGUUUUAGACAAAAUGUAUAAUUGGUUAAAGGAUUCAAGGAAAUUACAGGACAGGUAUGAAAUUAUGUUUACUUUCUGAUCCAGAUUGUUGUUUCUACAACUCUAGACAUGCUUAAGAGGCUAAACUAACCUACAAAGAAAAGUGUAUGUGUAUAUAUUAAUAUAUACAUAAACACAUACAUAUAAGAUAUUACCCAGGUAUAAAUUUUUUUCAGGAUUUUUUAGAUAGCACUAGAAUUGAAAAUAAAUUUUAAAGUGUCAUACUUUAUAGUUUAAUUUUAAGGGGAAGAUUGGUUAUUUUCAAUUAUUGAGGUUAAAAGGCCAAAUCACUUUUUAUGCAAUCAUGUUUUAUACAGUGGUCUCAUUGCACAUUGUGUUUUUCUGCACUUUUUAUGGUAUAUCACGCUGACAUGAGUCAAUAUACACCCUAAAGAAAAAUUCCAUUUAAUGAUUGUGCCUUGUAUUCUAUUAUUUCUCGCAUCCUUAGUAAAAUUAAGUUGUCUAUUGUAAAUGAUAACUAUAUGACUUAGGGGAAUGUAUUGUUAUAUGUACUGCUCUGGAAAAGAGAAGCAGUUAUUUAUUUGUUUAUGGUACAUUUAGUUAUUUUAUACCUUUACGAACAAACUUUAAUACCAUUUUCUAUCACUUAAAAUGUUGUCCAGUUUUAAGGGAAAAAAAUGCAGAAGUAGUCAUAUUUUCUGAGAUCUGGUAUGGUACAAAAAUGUAACCAAAAUUUUCUGGUUAUACAUAGUUUUGGAAGCUUGAGUAGUGUGAAAGAUUUCUUUUUGGUGUGUGACGUUAACUUAGUUGAAAAAAUAAACCUGAAAUGAAACCUCAAUUCUGUACACCCUUACUUAAUAAUUUUUUUUACAAACGCCCUCUGCAAUAUUUGGAAGGGAGGGCAUACAGAAUUAAGACCUUAAAUUUGCACAGAUUCUGUACACGUACUGAUUCUUCACUCUUAUUUUCUGUUACAAAAAAAAAAAACCCAAAAGCUUAAAUAUUUGAACAAAGAACAUUGGUAUCUGCUACCAAGAGGGACAUAAAUAUGCCACCGUGGAGAGCAAAUUGGUAUCCACUGUACCUAUUUUCAUGUAGUUCAUAAUGCAUUUUGCUACAAAAAAUAACUAAAAGAUUUUUCCAGAUUCUCUUUGAAUUGUUUUGGAUACGAAUUUGGAGAGCAGGGAUUAGCUUGCAUUUCAUGUAUUGCUAUAUUUAUUUUUUCUAACAAGUAUUUCUUUAUCAUUCAGUUAAAAUGGAGUCACUAAACACAUGGUAAUACAAGCUAGGGUUGUACAGUUGCAGUACAGCUUCACAGAUCAAAGCUAAUUCUACUUGUUAAUUUUGUCAAAUCUCACUGAUGAAGGCAAUCAUUUGAAAAUGUGUAAUUUCCUGAUGUUAUCUGCAUUGUAAUAUAUAAAAGAUUAUAUCAAAAAUUCAACUUCUGUAUUUACUCCAUUUGUAAUAAUGUUUUAUAUGGCAUGUUUAUGUAUAUAUUUAUAUCUCGAAAAUACCUUGUAUAUAAGUUUCAGAGACAAAUAAUCUGCGUUCCCCUAACAGUAGGUAGAAAUUUGUGCAUCUUAAUUUUAUGAGACUAGAAGGCCUUACCCACAGAGCCUGGGUACUGCUUACCACCUCGAAACAUUGGUGAUUUUAGCCAGUAAUUUUUUAACUCAUGUUAGGCACAUUAAUGUUUUUCCUUUUAAAAUAAAUUGUGGAUUAUUUGGGUCAUUUUUUUUAAUAGAAGCAACACUAAAACUUUAUUAGAAAUUCAUGCCAGCUUUAUUUAAAAGUUGUAUUUUUAUAAUUUAAUUUCACUAGGUUGCAAACUUUAUUUCUGAGACUUCCGUCACCAUCAGAGUACGCAUUUUGGUCGGAGAAAAAUGUAUUGUUUGAGGUUGUUAUGACAUUCUGUAUCAACACAAAAAAAAGCUUUUGAUUAGACAGUCUUAAGCUUUUAAAUGUGAGCAAUAAACUGUUGGUCAAUGUUCUGAAAUAACUUGAGAACUAUAGUUAUGUGCAUGUUUUAUAAUGCCAUCCCAAGUACCUAUCAACUGGUUCAGAAAAAGGAAUAUCAAAAUAUCGUGUGCUUGUUUCAUGUAUGCAUUGUAAAUAUUACAUAAGAUCAUAAUCAUAAACGUGCAAAUGAUCUUACAGACCUGGCAGCAAUUCACACAGUUUUAUUCAUUAAAUUAAUUUAUAUUUGACAUGGAUAUGAGGAUAUUGUCCUGGUAUUUCUGCUCUAUAUUGGGUAACGUUAAAAUUGGUAUUUACCACUGGGUGGUAUCUUAAUAACAGUGUGUUCUCUAACUGCCGGUGAGGAAAUCACUUCUGUUUUUGUGAUACCAGUGUGCUCUACAUGUUUAACAGAAAUCAUUGUACCCGUGCCUACUUACUUAAAAACUCUCCAGCCAUUUUGUUUCUCUUGUGUGUUCUCUGGGAACUGAACUUAAAUUUUACCACUAUGAUGUUCAUCAUUGUCAAUAUUGAACUAGAGCUCUUCAUCACUCGGCAAUGACCAGUGAUACAACUUUACAGAAAAAUGUCUUCCUCCAGUGAUUAGACUGCUGUGAUUAUAUUUGCAUAUGUUUAUUUGUACAGUGUCCGGGUUGUACACGUGAUCAGUUUGUUGAUAGACUUGUAAGAUUGAGUUGGUUGAGUUAAAUAUUACUAUGGCUUAAUAUUUGUAAAAGUAUUAAUUGAUAAAGGACCCUGAUGCAGCACGUAGGAUAUAUUAAUAUCUAUGAAAAAUAAAUUGUAGUUUAGAGACAACCUAUUCACUGUAUUGCUGUACAAAUAUUUUUUCAAGUACCAAUUCCCAUUUUGUGCCAGAGGCUUUUGUCUUACCAAAAAAAAAAGACUACAUACAACAUACAAAUUGUCUGUCUGUUCAGUAACUUCAAGCUUGUUACAAUUUUUACACCACAUUGUUAGAUCUUUUGCUCAUUUUUGUUGGAUCGAGGACUACGAGUAAAUGCUUUUGCGUGUAAUUUGAAUUUAGGCACAUGUUAAAUGGUUGACCUGUUCUGGAAAAGCAAUAGGCUUAACUGGAUGGGACCCUUUCACCCUGUACUUGCAUAGUAAAUUGGAGGGUAGAGGUUUUAAGCUCACCUUUAUCAACAUUCGCAUUUAGUUUGAAGCAUGCGAAUCUUGUUGAGGUAAUUUAACAUAUUUGCUGGUCCAUCAAGAUACAGCUAUACCACAAUAAUUGCAUUGUGUCCUGAGUCCUUACCUUACUCUGAUGUACGUUUUGUCUGCAGUACUUUUUCAAAGGUUUUUUUUUUUUUCUUUUUGCCUUAUGUUUAAGAGUUGGUUAUUUAACAAGAAUUUAGAUACAACUCUGUAACAGUGCUGUGAUAAAGAAGGUAGAAGGCUUUAAAACUUCACCUGGAAACAGCACAAGCUCAUAUUCUGUUUACUACCUAAUGAAGACAAAUUAACUGUGUAAAAUUAUAUAUAUUUUCUUUACCUUGAGGUUCUUGUAACAGAUUGGUUUCCAAGGGGACCUAGAUAUUCAAGUGAUAAAAGGGCUGUUAGUUUUCCGCUGUAAAAUUAUGUAUAUACAUGCUUGUUCAUACGUGGAGGAAAGUGUAUUAAAUGUCAUAAAAUUGGCCAAGGCUUGACAAUGUGUUUCCAAUAACAAAUCUGGUAUUGACAGCUUAUCUAGUUUCCUGUUCCUGAAUUGGGAACACAGCUUGUACACUUCUGCUGUGUCUGGGGUAAAUAACAGGUAGCUUUUAAACUAGAGCUAACCUCUAGGUGCUCUCGCUAUGGGAUAAUUUUAAUGUGGGAUUUGCCGUGUUGUAUUUACAUUGUGUUGGAGGAGGAAAUGCCCCAGGAAAGUCAGAUUGAAAAGCACCUUAAAAUGCAGAAAAAGGCAAUUAGCUCCCCCGCCCCUCCCCACCUUUUCCCAAGGUUAUAACAGCCUCAAGGCACUCUAGGGAGAAACCUUAUAUGCUGCAAUAAAAUACAGGUGAUUAAAUUUAGCUUUUAGGAGGUAGGUAGUGAGGUGAGUAGUGAUUUGGAUCCUUUUAAUGCAGAUAAAUACAUCAGGAAAUUCGCUUCAAAUAAUGCCAACAAUACAUUUUAGGGAAGGAAGGUAGUACCAUAUUAUGAAUUUCUACUGUGAAAGAACAAAGAAUGAGGUCAUACAAAUUAGGCAUAGAAAGAAAUAGAAGUGCCGACCGUGCACAUGCCUGUAUGAUGUACAUGUACUGUUUUGUGCUUACAACUGCGUGUGUUGGUUUGCCAAGACAUUGAGACCGUACAGAAGUUACAUUUUUGGACCAUACUAAAACUGCAGAAGUGUGGCAGACAACUGGAUAAUGAUCUUUUGUGAAUUAAAUCUGUCAUAAUGCUUAAAUAUGUAUAGAGUGGAGCUUAACUUCAAGGAAAUUACCUAGAGAGGUGAAUUUUGAAACUGACACAUUUUCAGAUUAAAAAUUAUGCUUAUUUUGUACAGAAUUAUGUAAAACACAAAUCUGGUGUAUGUAAUGAGUAACAGUUUUGAAAUCUAUAAUUCUUUAACUUUAUCAAGGUUUUUUUCCUUCUGGAAAUCUGGAUUAUCAUGUUAUAACCUGAAGUAUCUCACCAGGAUAACAGUGCCCUUUCUUUUUGUACAUAUGGAUUGGAAAUUUCUUUACUGUUAUGUGGACACUUUCUAUGUUAGUUUUGAUGCAUAAUACUUUGAAUCCUUUUAUACAAACUAGAAUGUAUGUGUAAGAAUUACUGUCACUGCAAUGUAGUAACUACAAACUUAUUUUUAAAUAAAUAGAAAACAUGUUUUUCUAAGCUGUC